GGUGUAUGAAGGUUUGUUUUAAAUAUCUCCAGUGCUGCGUUUUCAUAAGAGAUAACGUUUUAUCGCUGGCACUACAAUGGCGACAGCUAUAGCAGUUAAACAGAAUGUUGGAAAUGUAAACUUCGGCUUUCUUAUCAUCUCUUUGAUAGUGGUCGAAAAUGUUUCCUAAUGAGCUAGGAGUCGAACUCCAGUCCCUGGUUUUUAUAAAAAAGCUGUUUGCGGUUGCGGUAUCUUAUGUUUUAUAUUUCAGGGAUAUUUUUCCUGAAUCCGCUUUUCAUGACAAACAACUGGAAGGAAUCGAGCUAAAGAUUUUGAAAGAAAGCUCUAUCUUACCUGCUUCUUCAAAAAUAGUUUAUUGGCUUAAGGGUUGUUUCGAUGCCAUCGACCGUCAUUUUCUUAAAUCAGCGACCAUUGCGCUUUAUUUGUCGGACAAAGAUUUACAUCCCAGCAAAAUUUGUGAAUAUAACAUCAUUGAGUCCUAUUGUUUCAGACUUUCUUAUGGCCAGGAGAAGCUAUCACUUGAUUUAAAAACUGAAAACAAAAGAGAACCCAGCACUAUAUGCGAGAUCUCAAACUGCUCUGAAAUUGAAGUACGGAAUGCUACUUUGAAUCUACUCAAAAAUAUUCGAACUGCUGGAGAAAGAUUAUCCAAGUUACCAUCGGAACUAAUGAUAACGAUGAAACUGCAGUAUUACGACGAAGUUACUCCAGAGAGUUACGUUCCUCCUGGAUUCAAGCAUGCAGAUAAUGUCAUUUUCAACUUUGAAGAAGAUAACAUUAAUAUACGGCUCGGUAAUGUGAAAACUGCUCACCACAGCAUCAAAAUGCACAUACAGACUAGUCGACGAUUAUUAACCGGAUCUGUAAAAUCUACUAAAUCAACACAAGAAGAUGAGAGCAUCCAUGAACUUUCGUUAGGUUCUCUGAAUGCGAGUAAAGUGAAUGAAAACGAUGACCUCACUUUAUCAUUUCAACAACAAACACUAAGAUCUGAUGAAAAUGAAUUAGAAAGUUAUGAAGCUCGCUGCCCAUGUGGAGUAAAUAAGGACGAUGGCGUGAUGAUUUUAUGUGAUGGAUGUGAUAAAUGGCAGCAUGCUGUUUGCUUUCGAAUUCUACAAGAAGGAGACGUUCCUACAUCACAUGUUUGUGAGAUCUGCGCUAAAUUGAAGCCUGAACUUCUUCAAACCGGAGGAAUCACAGAUGAAACUAUUCAGAAUUUGGGUGUUGAAGCUAGAAAGGCCACUUGUCUCUUUCGACGUGUAUUAGCACUGUGUCUCAACGAAGAUUCAGUCUCACCCGCUUUUAUAGCUAGAAGUCUUGGAGUAGAGUAUACCGUGGCUCGUGGAUUAUUCAAUCGUUUAAUCAAGGAGCAAGUUAUUAAAGGAGCAGGACCGCGAAGAGGUGAAAAGCUUGUUGAAAAAGAAUAUCUAGAAAAUGUUGUGUGUCCACGUUUUUUCUCUUGCAUUAGUUUGCACGAUAAAACAUCAAUGGUUUCCCCUCAAAUGUUAACGUCUCAAAAAUCUACUACAAUUCGACGGACACCUGGGAAACGCGCUCACGGUGCAUCAAAAUCUGUAUCAGAAAAGGAAUACGAUGAGUUAUUCAAUCCCAGCCAAGAUUCUAGAGCAUCACCAACAAUUAGUAAACGAAGAAAAAUGGAUAUGGCGAACACACCCAUAAGCGUAUCCCGUCAAUGAAAAUGCAUUUACCGAUGUUGUUUGUUAUUGAAUUGCGUUUAUAUUACAAUCAAAUUUUACGGAUAAAAAUAUAGAAUUUACAUAAUGUUCUACAAACAAAUAUACAUUUAAUAUGAAGAA